GGCAUCAUCCUAUCUUCAUCAGUCCUCACAUCUUCAAACUUCAUAUCCGUCUUCCCCGUGUACACUUGCAGUUUCUGGCUGACUGGCUGGAAAUCCGACCGGGACACAGAGAAGUAUGGCAACCACACUCGCUUUUCUUCAAAUCCCAACGAUUCCCUCUAAAUCAUCAUCACCUUCGCAAUGCUUAAUUCCAUCCGUCGAUUCCAGUAAAAUACACGUUUCUAAUCAUCCGAUCAAUGCCCUCCACCUCCACCUUCACCACUUAAAAUCGGUUUCUCUCCCUCUUUCAGCAGUCACAUUACCCUUCUUUUUAAACCCGCAGGAUGCAUUUGCUGCUGGUGGCGAAUAUGGGAUACUGGAGGGGAGAUCACUGGCCUUGAUUCACCCAAUUGUGAUGGGUGGUCUGUUCGUUUAUACACUUUAUGCUGGGUAUUUGGGAUGGCAAUGGAGGAGGGUGCGAACAAUUCAGGAUGAGAUUAACGAGUUGAAGAAGCAAGAGAAGCCUGUUCCCGUCACCCCCGAGGGAACCCCACUACAAUCCACAACUCCUUCACCACUUCAAGUCAAAAUUCAACAGCUUUCUGAGGAAAGGAAGGAAUUGAUCAAGGGACAAUAUAAAGAAAAACAUUUCAACGCAGGCUCGAUCUUGCUUGCGUUUGGUGUGUUUGAAUCCAUUGGCGGCGGAGUCAACACCUAUCUCAGGACCGGAAAGCUAUUCCCGGGGCCCCAUCUAUACGCCGGUGCAGCAAUAACGGUGCUUUGGGCUGCAGCUGCUGCUCUUGUUCCCCCUAUGCAGAAAGGAAGUGAAACAGCCCGGAACCUUCAUAUUGCAUUGAACGUACUAAAUGUUCUUCUUUUCAUAUCCCAGAUCCCAACUGGGUGGGAUAUUGUUCUUAAAGUGUUUGAGUUCACCAAAUGGCCCUGAUCUUACUUCAUUCUUUCGUAUUUCAAUCACCAAAUUUAGAUAUCUUAAUUAAGUGUAUGUAUAGUGUAUACACUAUACACUAUACACCACUAUUGUAACAAUAACAUUUGCAUUCCAAGUAAAGUGUCACUGAAAAAUGAAUACUGUAUGUAGAAGAUUACAUAUAAAUGCUAGUUUUGUUCAAGUC